AGCAAAGAUCAACGGCCAGAAUCUCUUAAUCCGUGCAAGUGGGACCUAGCCCCGGGACAAGGUGGCGAUUGUUAGGGGGGGGCGGCGGCGGCGGGGGGCAGGAAUGAUAUGCGUUCAAUCCCUGGUGGAAUUCGGCUUCGUGGACGACCAUGACCGAGUAGGUCAUGUGAUGUUGCGUGGAAGACGAGGGUUCAAACUCGGACUCAAGGUUCAUCUUGUUGAUUGAACGAGGAGAGCAGCAGCAGGUGAUAGGAACGGCGUCUGAGGGAAGAAGAGCGAAGCACAUAUCGCGGGCUUUCAUGAACGACAUCUCGUCUUUCGACGAGCACUCGUCAUCGAGAUGGCGCGCUCUGGCGAGACCCGGUUGUGUUCUUCUUGUGUGGAUUGUAUCGUCGUAUGAGAGGGAGGGGAGAGAGGGGCCAGAAGUCGUGGAGAGACGAGCUAUCCAGUUUACUACCCUGUGGAAGUACUGCUGGGGCAGCGCCGCAGAGUGAUUAGGCGAGAAGGAAGGUAAGGUGGUGUUGGUCUGAAAGGGGGCUUAAUUAGUGAAGAUGACAGCGAGGAAGCGACAGACAAUGGAGUCAUCGACGUGUCUAGGGUAAUCAUUUUUUGCUUUCUUCCUUCCCCUCUGCCUCUUGCGAGCUCCGCACGCUUCACUCGUUGACCACUGGUGGGUUUUCAAGGGCAUGUAUACCUGGCAGGUCGUCUACCUCGUACCCAUCAUUCCUCUGCCUUUCGCUCAGUUCCAAGGCCUUCUACUAAAGGGUGUAUCUAUCUCUUCGAAUUGAACCGAGGUGAAUCGAAUUGAAUUGAAUCCAAUCGGAUUGAAUUAAAUCGAAUUGGAUUGAAUUGAAUUGAAUUGAAUUACAUUGGGUAGUUUAUAACGUCAUUCCGUGGCAGGUCGUCUACCUCGUACCCAUCAGGCCUUCGUUUCCAUCUAUGGCUUCGCCUCCCCAUCCGGCUUUCCGGUCAUCGGCUCUUACCCGCUUCUUGUUUGUUAGUGCCCGUCAUUUGUUCUUCGCUGUGGUGCGGGCCGGUCGUACAGCGAUGGUGUGCUCUGGGGCCGCCCUCCUGGCAUUGUGAAGUCGCCCCGUGUGGUUGUGAUUUGUAGUGCUUGGACGUGGUGUUGGUGGUGGUCGUUGAUGGCCUGCCACGGAGUGUUCGCUGUUCCCUGCCUUGCACGGCGUCGCCUUCUGGGCUGCAUUCGAUGUGAAGCACGGCCGCGCGUUCGGAAGCGGCGUCGCGCCGGUCAUCUCAGUCACAGCAUGCACUGUUCCCUGCGUGGAUUGGAGCGCUCUUUGACCAUCACCAAUCACCGCUUUGAUGGUGGAGGCGGCCUCGUCCGAAUUGCGGGGUGCCUUUCCUUGGUCCUAAUUAGUCGAGGGUAGUGGGUUCUUUUUUGUCUUUCUCGGCCCCUCGUCCGUGGAGCAUAAACAAUCACCGCUUUGAUGGUGGAGGUGGUUUUAGUAGAGGCGUACCAGUCAGUAGUGAUAAUGUAAAUAAGGUUGGCAGCGCGUAGCUGUCACCCCUGUUCUCUUCUGAGGAGGUUGGUGAACAAUUUGUCGUCUUGUUGCGGAGAAGCGGGUUUCUUUCCCGCCAUUCGUUGUCGAAGGCGGCACGAUGAUAUUCGCUAUGCCCUACAGCAAACCAGGGGGCUUUGUUGAGGCUUUGGUCGGUCGUAGUAGGCUUCGACUACAAGUACAUUCCCUAGGAGCAGCAGCAGCAGCGCUUAUCCCUCACUAAGGAGCAUCAGCAAGCGCUUCGAUCCAUCCGUGAGGAGCACCAGCAGCGGCAGUCGCCGGUUGCUAGAGCGGAAUAUCGCCGCUGCCCGAAGAGGGGAGGGUGGCCGCGCGUGCGUGCGUUGAAGGGAAGGAACAACAUCCGCAGCCAUGGGGAUGUUUUCGUCGGACGCUCCGGUGACGUAUGGCGGCGGCGGGAGUUUGCAGUUCCUGUUCCCGUUCAGUGUCUUGGGCGGAGUUGCGUGCAUUUUGCUUUUCCUCUUCGUGAAGUUGAAAUCGGAUUUCGGCUUUCUGUACCGCAGGCCCGAUCAGACAGCCCCACGUGGGAUUGCGUCGCUGGUCAGGCGUUUGGUUGCCAUCUGGAGGCUUUCCGACAGUGAUGUCGCUCGCCAGUGUGGCGCAGAUGCUUGCGACUAUCUUAUGCUCCAACGGUACACCUGCAUUGCUUUCCUUCUGGCGUCUGUGCCUGGAAUCUUGCUCGUGCUACCCGUCAACCUAUACCUCGGGGUGGAUUCGUCGGGGGAGGGAGGAGGAGGAGGAGGAGGAGGAGGUUCCGAUGGCGGCGGCGGCCAUGAUCCAGCGGCGCGCUUCGGUCUGGACGGCUUCGCGCGCACGACGGCCUUCUAUCUGCGCAGGGACUCUUGGCUUCUGUGGAUGCAUGUCGUCUUCACUUACCUGAUGUGCGCGAUCGCCCACUUGCUGUUUGUCAAGCUCGAGAGCUUCCUCUCCCUCACACGCAUCCGCGAGAGAGAUGCUUCGGACGCCAUUUCUGCUUUCACCAUGAUGAUCAGAGGUGUGCCGCGUGUCCUGUCUUCCGAUCCCAGGCCCCUCGUCGAGUACCUGGAGCGCUUAUAUCCGGGCAAGGUCUACGCCGUCUGCGUUCCUGAGAACCUGUCGCUUUACCUGGAAGUCGUUCGAGAGUUGAAGAGGGCGCGAGCGGACCUCGAAAGGGCGCUGACUUACGCCCUGCACGUCGAAGAUGGCUCGGAUGAGAAGUACCAUUUGGUGGAGAGAGACGGUAAUGCGGCAGGAGGCAGCGAUUACGAUUACGUGUUGAUGGAGGAUGACGGCGGGGAGGGCAUGGCGAGGUUGUUGGUAGGGGAGGAGGAGGAGGAGGAGGGUUGUUAUUAUGGUAGCGAUGAAGACGAGGACGGGGGAGGAGCCUACAGCUUGGAAGUGAGGAGCAGCUCUGCCGGGGGCCGGAACCUUCGCGGGAGUUUCACGAGGGAUGUCUACGGCGGGUUGGAGGUGGUGGGCCACAGGGCCAGACCGCGACGUUCUUGGUGGGCCGCCAAGUGGUGCUGGUGCGACGCUUCCGUGGUCGAUGGGGUUAUCGACGACGGCGAGGGCGUGUCGGCGGGCGUCGGCCUCACGCUGCGCAAGUGUUGCUUUUGCUCGUGGCGUCAGUCCAUGAGGCGAUGGAGAAAAUGGUGGAGGCGAAAGGUUGGCUACCUGUGCGGCUUGUGGGGAGUCUGGGACGAGGUGCGAUGGUUUCAAUCGGUAGUAGCGGAUCUGGAAGCCCAGGUGGGGAAGUUUGGUCAGGGUGCGGGUGUGCACUUCCAGCGACGGAGGGAGCAGGACUUUAGUAGAAGGCAGGCCGGAGACGGUGUCGGCGGAGGCACCGCGAGCCGACGACCCGGUGGUCUUGAGCGCGUUGUCGCCGCGGCUCCUGGUGCUGUGGUAGGUGCGGCAGCAGCACGUCAUCAGUAUCGUCAAGCUUUUGGUGCCUCGUCGUCAUCUAGGAGUCAGCGUCAGACGCUGCUGCCGCCACCGCAGCGCGCGAGGAGAGUCCGUGAAGUCGAUGCGCAGCUGGGUUCGGGGAUCGCCUUCGUGGUGUUCAAGGAUGCAUUCACUGCUACGCGGGCGGUGCAAGAUCUGAAGUGGUCCAGGCGCUCAGCACCUGAGCUGCACACUUCGAAGUGGAAGGUGGAGAGGGCGCCUGCCCCCGGAGGUGUGGAGUGGGGACACGUGGGAGCCGGCGCGGUGGGGAACAUGAUCCGGCGCACGCUUGUCAACUUGGGUGUCCUAGCCGUGCUGAUGUUCUGGAGCUCUCCCCUGGCGAUGGUGAUGGGGAUAAACAGCGCGACGGCGAGAUUGCGACCGGAUGCCGUGGAGCAUUUUCACAAGUGGCUGGAUUGGGCUCGCGGGAGCACUUGGCUCUCGGGCAUGAUGUUGCAGGUUGGGCCGAACUUGCUCAUCUUCGUGGCGAUGUAUGUCGUCAUCCCGACCAUCAUUGCGCGAUGCGCAAGAUGGGAACGGCAUCUGACCGUAUCGGGGGAGCAGCGGGCCGUGCUGGUCAAGACGGUGGGGUUCUUUCUCGUGAACCUGCUCAUCCUGAAGAGCUUGGUGGAGACCACCCUGGAGGGCGCGAUCGCGCACAUGUCCAGCUGUUACCUGGAUCCCGAGGCGGGAUGCAGCGGUGUCAGCAAGUACUUGAAGAACGGGUGGGCGGUCACGUCGGCAGCGAAUGCGCUGUCGUUUGUGCUGGCGGCGGCGUUGCUGGGCGUUUCGUUUGAUCUGCUCGCCCCUGUGCCCUUCUUGCGGCGGUGGUAUAGCACUUACCGGAGAAUCUGGACUGGCGGCAGUCCGUCACCUGGACCGAAUUCCGCGCGCAAUGCGUCGCCAAGUUAUUAUCCUCCCGAUCAUCAGCCUUCUUCUUCUUCUUCCCCUCCAAUUCUGUCACAGGCUGCUGGCGCCUUGUCGUCGUUGUCCCAAGAUGGGACCUUCGCGGAUGGCAUUCCCGGCGUUCUGCUACCUUUGUCCUACCCGUAUGACGUGGAGGCUCACGCAGAGGAUGCAGCGGCGGGUGAGGCGGGCGAAGCGGAAAAUGCUGAGCUCGUCGAAGGAGCUGAUGCUGGACCUCGCCGAGCAGCUGCUACUACUGUAGCUGCUAAUAAGCCGCCCGUACGUGGACCGGAAACUGGGCUAGAUGACGUUCUGAACUUGGUGGAUGAGUCUCGAACACACUGCCCGGUCGUCUAUGAUGGUCGAGAUACCACGCCCGGUGAGGCGACUGCUUCGCUGCUGGCAGCAGCCGUCCAGGGUACCAGCACUGCAGCCGGCGGCGGCGGUGGGAUCCCGAUGCUGCAAGCCAGUCCGGUGCCGCCGAGGGCCGCGGUCUUCGAUAUCCCCCAGUAUCAUGCCUUCAAUCUAACGGUCUUCGCGAUGGCGUUGUCGUAUUCGACGCUUUCUCCGCUGGUGAUCCCAGCUGGCGCAACGUAUUUCGGCUACCGGUACCUCGCCGACAAGUACAACUUGCUGAUGAAAGUGGUGGUGCCCUACUCGUCGUCUGUUAUUUUGCCAGAAUGGGGAAUGUCGUCGUAUGCUGCGUGGUCGGGGUCCUCUCCCUUGUCCUCCUCGGACCGCCGGUUGAUGUCAACCGUGCUGAGGGUAAUGCGAGUCUGCCUGUGCGGUUAUCUGUUGGUGAUGGCUCUUUUCUUCGUCUUCAAGGGGGAUGUGUCGGGGUAUCAGGCCUGUGCGGUGCUGGUGCUUUUGGCUGUGGCCUUUGCUGGCUAUGGCGUUGGAAGUCUCUUUGAUAUCCCACUCGAGGCAAGGGGGUUCGACGGGUUCUUAGCGCAGCAGCUGGGAACUGUCGAUCAACUGGUCUUCGGCUCGGGUGUUGGGUAUGACGUGUCCGUGGGGGGCUUGCGCGGCUCCUCAACACGGUAGCCAUGGCACUGUGACCCAGGCAAUGAGUAAGUCAAUCCCUCAAUCAAUCAGUCAAUCCCUUAAUCAAUCAGUCAACUAAAUCAAUCAAUCAUUUGCGCUACAUGAGGACUUUUGCCACGUGGAGCAGAGGAUGAUGGAAAGACAUGUACGCUCGAGCUUGGGACGAGAAUACCGUCAUUGCUUCAUGCCUCCAGCCGGGGAUAGUCGACGCCAUCAUUGAUUGAUAUGAGUACAGCUGGCCAGUGUUUUCAGGCUGCGCGAGGCUCCGAGAGCUUGAGGAUGGAAUAGCAGGUGUACGUGCACGUGAUGUGGGUUGUCUCCAGUGGGGUAAUCGAUCGGAACCAGAUCUCUUGGACAUCAAGAAGAACAGCACUGACGGACAGCAGGUAAGCAUGCCAGGUUCUGGGAUAGGAGAAGAAAGAGAAGAAAGGAAGGAAGAAGUGCCGAGCCAGGCAGAGACGAGAGGAUGCAAGAAGGGCUUUUUCGUCCGGAUGUCGGAUGUGAAUUUGUGGAUGAACAUGAUGUUGUCACUGCUAGAAGAUGAGUGAGGAAAUGAGUGUCGUUGAAUCUCUGCAUUUGAGCUGAUGGCACAUGCUUUUGCAGGAGGGCAAAGGCUUUGUCCGGUUCCUGGAUUGUGAAUCGUGGAUGAGCAUGAUGCUGUCACCGCUAGAAGACGAACGAGCAAAUGGCGGCUGUUGUCGGACCUCGGCAUUGGAGCUAAUUGCUUAUGCUUUUGCAGUGAGGGUUGUGAGGAGGUGGGUGGUGGGCCAGCUGCGUCACACCAUCACGAGCUUGAGACGUGAAGUAUUUCAUCACAAUUUUUGAACCAGUUGUCUGUCUGAAUAAGCAUAUGUUCAAUGAGCAGAUCCUCCCUGAAUCAGUUAGAUCUCUCAAGGAAUAUGGCAUCUGCCGCUGCUGUGUGCGUGUCGUUUAAUAACUUAUGUGUUUGUGCAGAGUUUGUAAUGCUGACAAAGGAGGCCACAGCUUCUGUAAUCCCCAAGGGGCGACGAUGAGUGUGAGUGUAUGUGUGUGUGUGUGUGUGUGUGUGUGUGUGUGUGUGUGUGUGUGUGUGUGUGUGUGUGUGGAUUGCAUAUUCAAUCCUUAUUACGAUGUGAUAAUUUUGUGUUGUUGCCCAUGCCUCUUGAAGGGCCAUGGGAAAGUAAUAAUACCUCCCUGUGUUCCGGGGUGUUGGAGUUGGAGAACAUUUGUAUGAACACCUUUCCAGAGCAUGCUGGCAAGUCUUUCAUUGUGCCAAAGUAAUUUUGGUUCAAUUGUGGGACACAUUUGAGCUUCAGAAGAAUGCACUGGCGAGUCUUUCUGGGGGGAAAGACGAUAAAAGAUGUCUCACGGUCAAAGAUUGAAUCAGAUCAAGAUUACGGGCAUGCGGUUUCUGAACGUUGAAGUCGACGUAGUCCAGUGGUGUGCGCACCGGUGAGAAUAUCUGCCCAGCUAUCUAUACCAAUGCCUUUUUCUUUUUAGGGAAACAAGGUAAUCAAUAUCUUUGAGCGUGAGGGGUUUCUAAAUGUGGAUAUAGACAGAGUCAGAGUGGAGAUUAUCGAAGAGAAUGGCGUUUAGCACAAUGGGUGGGUUCAGGGGAGGGGUGUGGGCAGAAGGGGGGCUCUUCUUCCUGGACAAGACGUAGGGACGGUUGACAUCUUGGCUUCGCCGUCACUUAUUUGCAGUUUGAAACAGUGCCAUAGCCCAGUUACUGAUCAUCUCGCUUUCUCCUUCGCCAGACGAAUCCCUGGAACUGUUUCGUCACAAUGGCGUUGUCCUGGAGUUUGAUUUUUUCACGGUUAAUGUCCAAGGACAACUCUGUUUCUUGAAGUUUAUCCAAAAUGCUAGCGGUCGCCAUGUCACUUGUUGCGCUUUCUUGGUUAAUCGGUGGGUUUCUCUCCUUGUCUCUCCAUCUAAAGGGUCAUCUAUGGGACAGACUGAGUCUGUCAAGGUGGUCAUGUGCCCAGCAGU